AUGAUCGAUAUCCUGAGCCUGGAUAAACUAUCUGAUCUUCUAAGACUCGCACUGACGCGUGGCCGUUUUGAACAGCUUUCUUCGAUCGAAGAUGAAAUCCAAGUAGUAGUGAAGAGCCAGUUUCAACACCUCUUCUCUGUCAAUGACUCGGUAGAAAUUGGACAGUAUGGAGAAGUCCGUGAGAUUCUCUCGGUCCUGGCAAACAUUGUUGAUCGGGUUGACAAGGCUAUCUCACGCCUGAACCGCUUCAAAUCCACCCUCGAGGAGUCCCAGCGCGACCAUUCGAGGCUCAUCUCGCUCCUGUGGAGCCUUCCUACUGAGACUCUGAGCAGCAUACUCACCCACGCUGUGCCAUUGGUUCCUGUGAAGCUGCCGAUGUACGCUUUCCCCGGUGAUUCUCAAGCGGAUAUGCCAGAAGUUGGCGACAUAUCAAAGAGAACAAACGAGGCCAUCAAGCUAACGCACGUGUGCGGGCGGUGGCGCGAAGUAGCGCUCGCUACUCCCUGUCUUUGGAACCCGGUUCAGAUAUACUGGCCGCCAGACGACAGCGAACGUGCUCGAGUUGUUACACUUCUCGCCCGAUCUCACCCGUUGCCGACGUACGUGUUCACUUACGUCAGGUCGCGAGACGCAAGCACAUUUCAGGAACACUGCGAUCCAGAACUAUUUGACUCUUUGAAAGACCGAUGUCAUAUCCUGGAUGUUGCCGGCGACCUCGAUCAGCGCCUGGAUGUCAGCAGGCUCAUGAACUCGGUCUCAGACUGGCCCCAGCUUGGCCAGCUCACUCUACCAGGAGCAAUCCGCGUCGCCGGAGUCGAAAACAACCCGCUGUCUUUGAGUAACGUCAGCCGCCUUCAGCUUUAUUUCCAUGACGCUGCGGACUCCACCUUGUUCUUCAGCUUGCGAUGGGAAAGGCUACAGUCGCUGGUCAUUCCGUGGUCGUGGAAGCGAUUGGUCAUGGAUCAUGUGCUAUCUGCACAAAACUUCCCCUGUCUCGAAGAGUUUUAUAUAUGCUCAGAAGGGCUAUCCAUAGUAAACCAUCCUCCAUCCUCGGUUGUACAUCCGAGCCUUCACACCUUCGGGUUGUUAACCGAUGCAGGAGUCAGUGAUAAUGAAUACCUGGCGCUUCUCCAGCACACGGUACUAUCCAACCUUUCGAUCUUAAUCAUCACAAUGCGGAGAGCUGAAGAGCUGGAGAUCAUUGCUGAUCACCUCGUAAGCUCGAGAUGUGCACUGCCGCGGCUUGUGGUGAAAGGGGAUAGCAAUCGAGUCGUCGGCAUGGACCAGAUACGGACUCGGUUCCCUAACAUCAACGUCAGCACCUGCCAACGAUGGACUCGUUCCGAGGACUUCACGUCCUGCAAAAGGAGAUGGUAUUUAAACAACUCACCAGGCUUGAUGGGUGUUGAGAUCAUUGAACCAUGA